UUUAGACCGGGCGAGUUCGAGUGUAGUAUAUUUUUAAAAAUAUACUUAAAAUAUUUUAUUUUUUUUAAAUACCAACAUAUAUAAUUUUUUUAUUAAGGAAAUAAUCAAUACCUUCAUAAAUAAAAUAAUCGACCGUAAAAACCAAUUACCGUUAACGAUAAGAAAAAUAAUAUUUGAAACCCUUGCGUGAAACCGCGACGAUAAAAAUUCCAUUCAUGCAGCAAUCGAGAGAGGAAAUCGUGACCUUUUCCAAGUGAAGUGUUUCUAAUUUUCUUGGUGUUGAAUUUCAAAGAAAAUUUUUUAAAGAAAGAAAAAUAAAAUUAAAAGGAUGGGACGGUUGUCGAUUUGGGUCCUUCUAGGACUUAUGCUUUUUGCCGUAUCAUCAAAUGAUAUCUUUGCCAGCGCGGAAGUUGGUCCUAGUGAGUCCGAAUGUCGUCCAUACAUCGAGAAGGCUAUAAACGAACUAAAGACAGGUGAUCCAAAUGAAAAAGAUACCGACAAAGAUAGUGUUGCUAGUCCGGAAGCAACUUCCGGCGAGGACACAACGAGUAAAGAACCCGAACUUGAUGACAACGACGAUUCAGUUGAGCAGCCACAAGCAGAUGAUGCAGCUGCAGCACCUGAAUCAGAACAGGAUGAUAACGACAAUGAUGAAGAUGGCGGCAAGGAAGACUCUGAAGAUGCAAAGGAUGAAAGCCAAGAAGAAUCGAAAGAUCAGUUGGAAACUGUAGAAAUAUCCGAUGGUGAGUCUGAAGAAGCUACCAAGUCUGGUGAAGAUGCCGCUAAGGGAGAAGAAGAUGAUGACGAUGACAAGAAAUCUGAAGAAGCUGCAGAUAGUGAAACAAAGUCAGAAGAACAACCCGAAGAAGCCGAUGAUAAGAAUUCGGAAGAAGUCAAAGAAGAAGCCUCUUCAAAGGAAGGCUCUUCUGACGAUGAUGCUGUAAAGUCUGAGGAAACUGCUUCAAAGGAAGAAGGAGAAGAGGCUAAAGAGAGUCAGGAACAAGCUGAUGAUGAGAGCAAGGCUGAUUCUGCUGAAGCAGCUGAAGAAAGCAAGGAAGAUAGUGACAAGGCAGAAGGUAGUGUAGAAGAAGCCGAUGAAGAAGAAAUUACAAGAUCAAAGCGUAGUGUCGAUGAAGCUUCUCCCGAAGACAGUACUGCCGAUGAUGACACUCCAGACUCCAAGGAAGAUGCUCCAGCUGUUGAAGAUGAUGGCGUGGACUCCAAGGAAGAUGCCGCUGAAGACGGUAAAGCCUCUCAGGAAGACACUGCUGAAGAUGAUGGCAAAGACAGCAAGGAAGAAUCUGUUGCUGAGAGUAAGGAAGACGACAAGGCUGAUGAUGGUGUAGAUAGUACCGAGGACGAAACAAAGGCUGAUGAUAGCAACGCUGAAGAUGAACCUAGCAAAGAAGAUAGCGAAACUGAAAGCAAGGAAGAAGAUAAGCCCGAUGUUGAUGACGGUAAGGACAGCAAGGAAGACAGUAAGGCUGAAGGAGAAGAUGAUGGCGAUAGCAAAGAAGCACCAAGUGCUGAUGAAGGUAAGGAUAGUGAAGAAGCAGAUAGCAAGCCUGAAGGUAGCGGAGAAGCAGCAGAUGCCGAUGAGACUGGAGAAGCCAAAGAUUCUGAAGAGGAUGACACCAAGCCCGAGGAUGAACUACUUUGGGAAGGAGAAAUCCCUGAGAAUCUUCGAAGCCGCAGUCACAUCACCGAACUCCUUCAACUCGAUGAAGACUUCGAAGCUAGGGGCCAAGCUGUUGAUCGUGUUGCUGAAAUAAUUCUUCGUGACAUCAAACGCAUUUACGAAAAUGCAAUUAAACCUCUGGAAACUCUUUACAAGUACCGUGAUCUCAGUAAUCGCCAUUUCGGUGACCCAGAAAUCUUCUCCAAGCCAAUGGUUCUAUUCAUGGGACCAUGGAGCGGUGGUAAAUCAUCGAUUAUUAACUACCUCACUGGUAACGAAUACACGCCUAAUUCUUUGAGAACUGGUGCCGAACCAUCUCCAGCUUACUUUAACAUUCUCACUUGGGGCAAUGAGACUGAAGUCCUUGACGGAACCCAACUUGCUGCUGAUUACACAUUCUCUGGUCUGCAGAAAUUCGGUGAAGGUCUCGAAGAACGUCUACGCGGAUUGAAAUUACCCAGCAAACUACUCGAAAAGGUUAACAUUGUUGAAAUUCCCGGAAUUCUUGAAGUUCGUAAGCAAGUGUCACGUCUCUUCCCCUUCAACGAUGCCUGUCAAUGGUUUAUCGAUAGAGCCGAUAUUAUUUUCUUGGUCUACGAUCCAGCUAAACUUGAUGUUGGCCCUGAAACUGAGGCGAUACUUGACCAGCUCAAAGGACGUGAAUACCAAACUCGCAUUGUUUUGAACAAAGCCGAUACUGUUAAGCCCGAGGAAUUGUUGCGUGUUCAAAGUGCACUCAUCUGGAAUAUUUCUCCAUUGAUGUCAUCUGCUCAACCACCACUUAUGUACACAACAUCCCUAUGGUCACAUCCCUACGAAGAUGGAUCUCCAGCCCGUUUGCUUCAAGCUCAGGAACGAGCAUUUUUACGUGACAUGCGCACAGCUAUUGACAAGAGAAUCGAACAUAAGAUUUCAAGCGCUCGUCGUUUUGCUGUCCGUGUUCGAAAUCACGCUAAAAUGGUUGACUGCUACCUCACAACCUAUUUUAACCAUAAAACUCUGUUUGGCAACAAGAAACGCAUCGCCGAUGACAUCAUUGACCACCCACAGAAUUACCACAUCUACGAAGGCCUGUCUACUCUGACGAACAUCUCACGGUACGAUUUGCCCGAUCCAGAGGUCUAUCGUGACUUCUUCCGCUUGAAUCCACUGUACGAAUUCAAAAAGCUCUCGGAAACGUGCACCUACUUCCGUGGCUGUCCGAUCAGUAAACUGGACGUGGCCAUUGCUUAUGAUUUGCCUGAACUCGCUGGUAAAUACAAGAAAAUGGCAGAAGCCGCCUUGACAAGCCUGGAAAAUCAAAAGAGUAAAAGUUGAGCGAGUCUUAACCGGUAACUGUCAGAUCUGUCAAACUACGUAAAACCACAACAUAACCUAUAAAAUAUUAAAUUUUUUUUCUGAUGCUUUAAAAGAGUUUUCUUUUGUUGAAACUCUUUCUUAAAAACUAAAUAUCACAAAUAAAAAACAAAAUGGUGGAGUGGAAAUUUAACCGGGAAACCACAAACAAAAGAGAGAGAGAUAACAAUAAAUAAUAAACUGCAUCAAUAUAAAAAUAAAACUUUGCCAAAAAUGACAUUUGCCCAAAGUGUGAGCGACAUUAAACAUUAUAAACAAUAGUUUUGAAUUUCAUUGAAAAUCCUGUAGAAGCUUAAAAAUUAAAUUUAUUUUAUUUAUUAUAUCCGUAAAAGUUUAAAUUAAAAAAUUAUUUCUCUGCAGAUUUUAAAAGUCUUUAAACUUCUCUUUAUUGCUUUGUUUUGCUAAUAAACAUUUUCUUAUGAAACGUCCAAACGAAAUGAGAACCAAAAUACUCGAUUAGAUAUAUUUCUAUAUUUAUUUGUUAUUAUUAUUAUUAUAUUUAUUAUCAUUCAACGCAUUUAAUUUUAAUUAAUUUUUACCUUGUUUCAUGCAAAUUUGUCUUGCACUGUGUUCUGUUAAUUAAAAUACAAUUAAAUAAACCCCAAUAGUUUGUAAGUUUACGGUGAAAAACAAAAAAACAUAUAAAACUUGUUAAAGAUUUUUUGUAGUUUUUAUGUUUCGUUCUUUUUUGUUAGAUUUUAUUUUAGAAAAAAUAAAUUGUUUUAAAAAUAAAAUAAAUUUGUAUAUAAAAACAAUAAGAGGAUAAAAAGUUAUUAUUUACAUACAUUCUGAAAAAAGUAAGAUAAAACUAUGUAAAUGAACGUUAAUUUUCACAAAAAUAAAAGAUUACUUACUGUAGUGAGCUUUUGCUGUUAUAAUACCGUUUUAAAAUGAAAUGUAAUAUCUGGUUACUCGACCGGAAAUGCUCAUUUUAAAAUAAAAUUAGCUUUGGUGUUUAUCGUUGUUAAAUUAAAUAGAGAGGGACAUACAAAAAUGAGAGGUGAUCAUGUUUAAAACCACAGUAAUAAAAACAAAUAAAAACGAAAUAA